AUGACUGGAAUCAGAAUUAUGGGUGUACACAAACGAAUUGCACUUGUUGCUCAUAAUGCAAAAAAGUCAGAACUCAUCGAAUGCCUUAGAAAACAUCGCAAUGUACUUGCUCAACACAAACUCUAUGGCACAGGUACGACAGGAUCGUUGAUUGAGAAAGAAUUCAAUGUAUUGGUAACAAAGUUUAAUAGUGGUCCUUUGGGCGGUGAUCAACAGUUAGGAGCAAAGAUUGCAACGGGUGAGCUUGACAUACUUAUCUUUCUCAUUGAUCCAUUAAGUGCCCAUCCUCAUGAAGCCGAUAUCGAAGCACUUGUUCGAUUAGCUGAAGUAUACAAUAUUCCUUGUGCAACCACUGCUACUUCCAUUGAUUUUAUACUUACUUCAAAAAUGAUGAACGAACGUGUCAUACGACAAGUUCCAGUAUCUGGAUACACAAAAGUGUAA